CCUAACUGAAGUGUAAGAUGGACAACAGUGCAUGUAAUCAAAAUGUUCCACUUUAAUUAGUUGACACAAGAGAGCUGGCUGUGUGCCUGUUGAAUUUGUAAGACGCAUAGACGUGCUACUUGGAACAGUGCAACUGAAAAUGCAAAGGAGCGACACUGUAGUUAAUCCUGGGGUUGCAGCAUCCUGGAAGUAUUCACCAAGCAGGUGAUUUGGUUUCGCGAGCAAUGCACCACCUCCAGCCACUUUACACAAAGAACCAGGGGAAUGGCACGCCAAUGCACCACAAACAGGGCUCUACCUACUGGGAACCUGAGGCAUUGUACACCCUCUGCUACUUUAUGCACUGUCCUCAGAUGGAGUGGGAGAAUCCCAAUGUGGAGCCCUCGAAAGUCACACUACAGAAUGAAAGGCCAUUCCUUGUCCAGCCUCCAUUGAUGGAAUGGAUCCGCGUUGCUGUGGCACAUGCAGAACAUCGACGGAGUUUCUCUGUAGACAGUGAUGAUGUACGGCAGGCAGCCCGACUUUUGCUUCCUGGAGUAGACUGUGAACCUAGACAGCUUAAGGCUGAUGAUUGUUUCUGUGCAUCACGGAAGUUGGAUGCUGUAACCACAGAAGCCAAGUUCCUCCAGGACCUUGGAUUCCGAAUGCUGAACUGUGGUAGGACAGACUUAGUGAAGCAGGCUGUAUCUUUGCUAGGUCCAGAUGGUAUCAACACCAUGAGUGAACAGGGGAUGACGCCAUUUAUGUAUGCCUGUGUUCGUGGAGAUGAAGCCAUGGUACAGAUGCUUCUGGAUGCUGGAGCUGAUCCAAACGUGGAGGUGCCUAACACAAUCCCCAAGUAUCCAUCCAUCCAUCCGGAGACUCGGCAUUGGACAGCACUCACUUUCGCUGUGUUGCAGGGUCAUGUGCCAGUUGUUCAGCUGCUGCUUGAUGCUGGAGCAAAUGUAGAAGGUUCUUUGGUACAGGGGGAGGAAAACUACAGCGAGACCCCCUUACAGCUUGCUGCAGCAGCAGGUAACUUUGAAUUAGGAAGUUUGCUGCUGGAAAGAGGAGCAGACCCCAUGGUAGGCACCAUGUACCGGAAUGGAAUAUCCACCGCACCUCAGGGAGAUAUGAACUCUUUUAGCCAGGCUGCUGCACAUGGACACAGGAAUGUGUUUCGCAAGCUGCUCGCCCAGCCUGAGAAGGGGAAAGGUGACAUCCUGUCCCUGGAGGAGAUCCUGGCUGAGGGGACAGAUCUGACGGAUGCAGCCAAGGCACAUUUAGGUACCAAUCGAAACAGCAAAGUCAAGAUGAAAGCCCUUCGUGAGGCCAUGUACCACAGUGCUGAGCAUGGUUACGUGGACGUCACAAUUGAUAUCCGAAGCCUAGGAGUUCCUUGGACCCUUCACACCUGGCUGGAAUCACUACGGACAGCAUUCCAGCAGCAUCGUCGCCCCUUGAUCCAGGGCCUUUUGCAGGAGUUUAAUUCCAUCCAGGAAGAGGAGUACACCGAGGAGCUGGUCUCUCAGGGACUGCCUCUAAUGUUUGAGAUCCUACGUGCAAGCAAGAAUGAAGUUAUAAGUCAGCAAUUGGCUGCUAUAUUCACACAGUGCUACGGGCCAUAUCCAAUUCCAAAGCUUAUAGAGAUUAAACGCAAACAGACAUCUCGUCUUGAUCCCCAUUUCCUCAACAACAAGGAGAUGUCAGACGUCACAUUUCUGGUGGAAAGCAAGCCAUUUUAUGCACACAAAGUGUUAUUAUUCACGGCAUCUCCAAGGUUCAAGUCGUUAUUAACUAAUAGGCCAUCUGCUGAAGGCACCUGCAUUGAGAUCAGCUACGUUAAAUACCACAUAUUCCAGCUGGUGAUGCAGUAUCUUUAUUAUGGAGGAACAGAGUCACUGCAUAUAAGAAACAGUGAAGUCAUGGAUUUGCUUUCAGCUGCCAAAUUCUUCCAACUUGAAGCUUUGCAGCGACACUGUGAGAUUAUCUGUGCAAAAAACACCACCAAUGAUAACUGUGUGGACAUUUAUAAUCAUGCCAAGUUCUUGGGAGCCACUGAAUUAUGCUCUUAUUGUGAAGGCUAUUUCCUUAAGAAUAUGGUCGUUCUCAUCGAGAAUGAGAGUUUCAAGCAACUCUUAUAUGAUAGCAAGAAUGGGGAACCAGGAAGUCCAGAUGUUAUGCAGGAUUUGGAAAGGACACUCGCUGCACGGAUCCAGUCGAUACACUUGUCCUCCUCCAAGGGAUCCAUUGUAUAAAACAAGCAUAGCCUUCUUUUCUUCCUCUUCAUUGUUGACAUUGCUGUUAUCAUCAUCAUCGUUAUUGUCAGGAACUGAAUUUGCUUAAAGAAUAACUUGCCUUUUGCAACAGAUGUUCAUUCAGCUAAGAAGAGCUCCACAGUUUUUUAUGAAAGGCCCUCCUUAAAAAGCAGACACUUUUAGACUGCAUUUUGUUGCUUUCUCAUGUAACUGAGAGUGCUUAUAACUCCUUUCCUUUCAGGCAACUUGUAUCAGACUCAAAUUUGUAAAUACAUAUCAUAAUUAUUUGAAUACUGCAAAGAGCUGAAGUUGUAUGUUUGGAAUGCUGGACUUACAGCUGCAAUUGACACUCUUACCCUUCAGAAUAUAAGCGGACCUUGACUUGGAUCAGUCUUUGAAGUAUUGUCCCGUUCUUGACUUAGCAUUUAGAUGGUUGCUGCAGUGGUGGUGGUGAUGUAAUGAAGAAACUUAUAUAGACAACAGUAAUCUUUGGGUUGGUAAAAAUGCCUAAAUGGCUCUUGAUGCAUUGCAUUACUUCCUGCCAGGUCCAUUAUGUAGAGCAUACACGUAAAAUAAUCCCAUUUUGAUUGUGUCUCCUUUCAGUUAAUUUUCAUAUGUCUGGUAAUGAAUAAAGCAGUAGCUUUUGCUAGUUGCCACUUUUUCAGCAAUAAUGUUUACAUUACAAGAUUUUCAGAAUACCUUUUUGUCUUGUUUUAUAAUUUCCUUCUGUCUUAUAACUCAACUAUGAUAUGGACUUUGAAGUCUUCACAUCUUGUGUCAUGCCCACUACUCAAAUAUUUGAAUAUUUUUAAAACAGUGCUUUAUGCUGUUUGCUGUGACACUUAGGUCAAAUCCAUUCUACUGCAGUACACCCAGACUAUAAACCAAGCAUGUCAACAAGAACCCCAGUCAAAGAGAUUUGUGAACAUCGUGAUUAGGUGCCAUCUUUAAUUAUGUGAAUUUUUAAUGAUAAUAUAAGCUAAAAUUUGUUUUAUCAUUUUCUGAAGUAACUAAACUGAAAAAUCAAAGAGCAUCAUAAAUACGGUUAUUAUGUAAAAGCUGUAUGAUAAAAUGUGUUGCUGAUUGAUAAAUACCAUUGUUUUCAUGAAA